AUGCUGUUCAAAGUCUCUACCUUCUUGGUCGCUGCAUUCGCAGUUCCGGCUCUUGUGGCUGGAGCUCCUAUUGCUUCCGGUGACAUUCACGCCACUGGCAACUCUGAAGCCAGCGCCAACACUGCGUACGUCCAUGGAAGCUACGGCUUUGACGAGAAGAAGCGUGACGAAGCCAGCGCCAACACUGCUUACGUGCAUGGAAGCUACGGCUUUGACGAGAAGAAGCGUGACGAAGCCAGCGCCAACACUGCGUACGUGCAUGGAAGCUACGGCUUUGACGAGAAGAAGCGUGACGAAGCCAGCGCCAACACUGCGUACGUCCAUGGCAGCUACGGCUUCGACGAGAAGAAGCGUGACGAGACCAGCGCCAACACCAAUUCCGCCUACGUGCAUGGCAGCUACGGCUUCGACGAGAAGAAGCGUGAUGAAGCCAGCGCCAACACUGCGUACGUUCAUGGCAGCUACGGCUUCGAUGAAAAGAAGCGUGACGAGACCAGCGCCAACACCAAUUCCGCCUACGUGCAUGGAAGCUACGGCUUUGACGAGAAGAAGCGUGACGAGGCCAGCGCCAACACUGCGUACGUUCAUGGCAGCUACGGCUUCGAUGAAAAGAAGCGUGACGAGGCCAGUGCCAACACCAAUUCCGCCUACGUGCAUGGAAGCUACGGCUUUGACGAGAAGAAGCGUGACGAGGCCAGCACCAACACUGCGUACGUUCAUGGCAGCUAUGGCUUCGACGAGAAGAAGCGUGAUGAAGCCAGCGCCAACACUGCUUACGUGCAUGGCAGCUACGGCUUCGACGAGAAGAAGCGUGACGAGGCCAGCACCAACACCAACUCCGCCUACGUCCAUGGAAGCUACGGCUUCGACGAGAAGAAGCGUGAUGAAGCCAGCGCCAACACUGCGUACGUUCAUGGAAGCUAUGGCUUCGACGAGAAGAAGCGUGAUGAAGCCAGCGCCAACACUGCUUACGUGCAUGGAAGCUACGGUUUUGACGAGUAG